AUGUUAAUGAUGUUGGACAGUAAACAUGAUGAAGAGAUUUCACAAACAGAAAGCUCACAGAUAACUGAACAAAGCACAGAAGGUACUCGCAAAAACGAAAAGGGUCAGAAUAGUUUAAGUCAUGUUGAGGCAAGAAUACGUCCAAGAGGAAAAAUAGAUACUGUCGUCAAACAAAAUAAAAAGAAUGCUCUUGUAAAAGAUGCGGCGGAAACUGGAUCACUUGUAUUUGGACUGCCUAUUCUACAGUAUUUAGUGAAUGAGGAAACCUAUCGGAUAAAAGAUGAUACACGCACAAACGAGCUUGUGGCGUUAAUUGUUACUCCGACUAGAAAAUUGGCGAUAUCUUAUAUUGAGCAUUGGAAAAUCAUAACACUUGUCAGCGAUAUGGCAGUUCGACUAAUGGAUAGACAUUCGAAUAUAAUUGUUGCUACUCCUGGUCGAUGCAUAAAAUUCUUUGUACUUGAGUAUGCUCGAAGGAUUAAUGGAACGGCUCGAGUUUACCAAUCUCUAGUGAUAUCACAUCGGUAUCUAGUAUAUGACAUGAAUCAAAGAUUGAUUGCUUCAUCACAGAAAAGAUUCAAACAAAACCUGAAAGCUGUCAUUGGUGGAACAUAUUCUGGUGACGUAGGUAUCCGUGGAACACUUUUAUUGAACGAAGGUCUGUCCGAUUUUCCGGUCGAUCAGAGUAGCGUGAAAGCCAUGAAGCAGAGAAUAACUUUAGCGCGCAAAAUUGAUCAGGAGGAACAUAAGUUGCAAAAGAAAAAGUAUUGA